AAGUGCUAACUUUGCCUUGCUCUUCUUCAUUACAGAAAGAACGCACUCCAGAUUUCUUUGGAUUUCAUUGAUUUUUCUGUGUGAAUCAGCAGAAGACCCAGAGAGGCUUGGAGCUCUAUACUGAAGACAAUGUCUGGAAGCUUCUACUUUGUAAUUGUUGGCCACCAUGAUAAUCCAGUUUUUGAAAUGGAAUUUUUGCCACCUGGGAAAACAGAAUCCAAAGAUGAUCACCGUCAUCUGAACCAGUUUAUUGCUCAUGCUGCUCUCGACCUUGUGGAUGAAAACAUGUGGCUUUCUAACAACAUGUACUUAAAAACUGUGGACAAAUUCAAUGAGUGGUUUGUAUCGGCAUUUGUCACUGCAGGGCAUAUGCGAUUUAUUAUGCUUCAUGAUGUAAGGCAAGAAGAUGGAAUAAAGAACUUCUUUACUGAUGUCUAUGAUUUGUAUAUAAAGUUUGCAAUGAAUCCAUUUUAUGAACCCAAUUCGCCUAUUCGAUCAAGUGCAUUUGAAAGAAAAGUUCAAUUUCUUGGGAAGAAGCACCUUUUAAGCUAAAUUGGGGAAAACCCUAAAAUAAACAGUAUCACCAUUAUGAGAUAUACUCAGGAAUGUGUGUGCUGUGAGUAAUUUGGAAUAGCCUGGUAAACUUUCACUUAAAACUGUACAUUAUUUUCAUGUUGAUUAUCAGCAUUAAUAUUUGCUUAUGAACAGUGUUAUUUAUUUACUAAGAGCUCUUUACCAGUAAUUUUAAAUGUUUUUAUUUAAAAGCUUGAAAAUGAACUUUUGUUUUUUCCUAAUUGAGGUAAUUUGAUCUUAAUUUAUUAAUUCAAAAGCAAAUGUCAUAGUUAAUAUGUGUUAGAUGUAUAUAAAGCUAAAAUGUUCUAUAGACAUGAAUGAAACUGAGUUAUUUAACAUUUAGAGACGUUCUUUUAAAAUGCAUAAUAUACUGCAGUACCAAGAAGCUGAAGCAGAAAGCAUCUGCCACGCCAAAUGUUACAUGCUUUCCUGCCUCUGUCAGAGGCUAAGAAUAAUGAUCCUGCUGGAACUCGAAACCCUUAGACCUGUGUACACUGGAUCAGUUUCAGGCCAUGGCAAAAUGUGUUGCCCCUGUCACCUUAUAGUCUUAGGUUUCCUUUCUUUAAUAAACUAAAGGGUUAAUGAACUUGUUAAUAUCUGUACUUGAAAAUGUUAUAAUAUAGAUUUGGUAUUACUAAUAAAAGCCUGGGCUAUACUGACAUUUGCACUUAGCCUUUUAGGCUGUAUACGGGGUGAGAAGUGGCAGAAAUGGCCUCUCCUAUAAGAAAUGUUGGUUUGAUUUUACAAUAUCCAUGGAAAAGCAAGUAAACCAGAUUUUCAUGUACAUACUGGAAUUUUUUUUCCAUUCUAAGUUUUGAAUAAGCAGUUCUAAGCUUACUGUCUGGUGAAGUUGUUAACAUCACACUCUU